AUUUGGUCCAACGCCAAUACUGAAAAUUAAUGUUAUUAAAGUAAAUCAUAUUUAUUAUUUUCAACCAAUGGGGCCUUUCACAAUAACAAACAAAGGGCCAGCUUUAAAGUUUUAUUGAAAUUUUACAUGCCACAUAAAUUGGUUAAAAUACAUUUUCUUCACGUUUCUCGCUUUUUAAGUCCCUUUGAAGUGGGAAUGAUACUCGCGUGACGACCAAACUCCAUCGAGCCUCUCUCUCUCUCUCUGUGAUCAGUUUAAUCUACUGAAAGAAAGAAAGAAAGAAAGAAAGAUCCGUAUUAUUAGGUAAGAAUGAGAUUCCCUUUUACGUUUCGAUUUUGAUUCGUUUGUGUUUGAUUCUCGAUCGUUUUGCUUCGAUUUAGCUUCCUUCUGUUUUUACAAGUCUCUCUUGAUUAGAAAUGUUUAGGUUUCAAUGUUUCAUGAUCAUAUUUAGAAAAAAGUUUCAUGGUGACCAAAAAAGAAAGAAAAUUUUGAUGGCUGAGAGAUGUCAGAGUCUUGUUUUGUUUUUUUGAUAAAUUCUCUGUUUGUGUGCUUUUAAAAAGUCAAAUAUAAGAAAUUCUUUGAAUCAUUUAAAGCCGUAUUUAUGUCCUUUUGACAAGUCGAUUUAAUGCUUUCUAGAAGAGAGUUUAUCAGAUGUUAAGAAGAUUCAAAGUUGGAUUAUAACGAAAAUUUGUAUACCUCAUUAGAGAUUUUUCAAGUGGUAAAUACUAAUAGAAUUCAUGAUCCCGUUUUAGAUGCUUCGAAGCUGUCUCAAGAUUGUUGUUUAAUUAAACAUGUUCAGAAGAAGGAAUGCUCACCAACUCGACAAUGAUGAUUCUCAACAAGAUAACAAGGUUAGAGAAUUGAAAUCCGCGAUAGGACCAUUAUCGGGACAUAGUUUAGUUUUCUGCUCUGAUGCUUCCUUGAGGAGAUUUCUAGAUGCUCGUAAUUGGGAUGUGGAAAAAGCCAAGAAAAUGAUCCAAGAGACUCUUAAAUGGAGAUCAACUUAUAAACCUCAAGAGAUCCGUUGGAAUCAAGUAGCACAUGAAGGUGAGACCGGAAAAGCUUCAAGAGCUAGUUUUCAUGAUCGACAAGGUAGAGUAGUGCUUAUAAUGAGACCAGCCAUGCAGAACUCAACAUCACAAGAAGGUAAUAUCAGGCAUUUGGUGUAUCUUCUUGAAAAUGCAAUCAUAAAUCUUCCCAAGGGACAAAAACAAAUGUCUUGGCUCAUUGAUUUCACUGGUUGGUCUAUGGCUGUUAAUCCUCCUAUGAAAACAACACGCGAAAUCAUUCACAUUCUACAGAACUAUUACCCUGAGAGACUCGGUAUCGCCUUUCUCUACAAUCCACCAAGACUCUUCCAAGCAGUCUACAGGGCUGCUAAGUACUUCUUGGACCCACGUACAGCUGAAAAGGUGAAAUUUGUGUACCCAAAAGACAAAGCAAGUGAUGAACUGAUGACGACACAUUUUGACGUUGAGAAUCUCCCCAAGGAAUUCGGAGGUGAAGCAACACUAGAGUAUGAUCAUGAAGAUUUCUCACGACAAAUGUAUGAAGACGAUCUCAAAACCGCAAAAUACUGGGGACUAGAGGGGAAGCACUAUCCGAAAACAAACGGUUUCUCUCCAUCCGAUGUUGUUCCUGAGCCGGCGAUAGAAAUCGCAUCAGCAGCUAGCUGAGAGUUGAACGAUAUAUACACACAAGAGCAAGAAGAGAAGAAGAAUAAAAGGGUUAUUCUCAUUCAUAGAAGAAAAGCCAAUAGAAUGUGCUGGUUAACUUGAUGAUCAAUAAAGUUUCAAAUAGUCUUUGCCUCUUUUUCUUAUUAGUGAGCCAAACACUUUGUAACGUUUUUAAUUAGCAGAGACUAUCCUGUAUGUGUGAGAGAAUAUUGUUACCAUGUGUAAUACUACUAGUUUUGUGUUAUUAGUUGAAGAUAUGAGAUUAUCCUUUUAGUUCUAUUGUUUCUCAAGUUAAAUACAGUUAU